AUGUUGAAAAUCUGGUCUAUGAAACAAAAGCAGCAGGAGGCUGAAAAUGCAGAAGGUGCUGCAGGCAAGAAGAAGAAGAAGGUCACUGCGGCGCAGCUCCGAGUCCAACGAGACUUGCAAGAACUCACCCUCGGGAGCACGAUGAAAAUGACCUUCCCCAACCCCGAUGACAUCCUCAACUUCACUUUGUCUAUCGAGCCAGACGAGGGAAUGUACAAGGGUGGUGUGUUCAACUUCUCUUUCGUCGUGAACCAGAACUUCCCCCACGAUCCACCGAAGGUCAAAUGCACGCAGAAGAUCUAUCAUCCUAAUAUUGAUCUGGAAGGAAAUGUGUGCUUGAACAUUCUCCGGGAGGACUGGAAGCCGGUUCUGAACCUCAACGCCGUUAUCGUCGGCAUGCAGUUCCUUUUCCUCGAGCCAAAUGCCUCAGACCCUCUUAAUAAGGAUGCUGCGGAAGAUCUCCGCGCCACCCGCGAUAACUUCAAGAAGAACGUGCGCAGCUCUAUGGCCGGCGGGUCUUUUAUUUGA